CUCAAAUGCAUGUUGCGCCUAUGGUGAUUUUCGUGGGUUAAUCGCAUCAGCAGUGCUGUUUCCGUCUGAAACUCACUCCAAUAGCUGGAUCAAUUCACAAUUUCAGCUGGAUUGUGUGUUUCACUGAGGUGCAUGAGGCAAAUCCUCUUUCUUCUCUUAUCCUCAUUUCUCCUCCACUUUUCCUCUCUCUCUCUUUCCCCCCGUCUCUACUUUCUAGGUUUCUUUCUCUUUCUUUCCCACUAGAACAACCUCUCGAUCCAGCGACAAGACCUACUUGAGAAAUCCACAAGAAUGUCCACCACACUUCCACCCAAUCUCCCAACCGCCGCUGGCGGCUCCUCCACAACGCACGCCAAUCCCACAACCACAACCGCAGCCACGGCAACGACCACGACGACGACAACGACAACAACAACAAAAACCCGGCAGACGCGCACCAACCCCUCCCGCACCUCCAAGACGCAAUCCCGGUCCUCCUUCGCCUUCGGCCACGGCACCACCACCGGCGCUUCUGGGCUCCACCGCUCCUCCGCCGCCGACCACGCCGCGGUCAAUGCCACCACCGCCAUCCCGCACGGCUUCUACCCGGCGCUCACGCACUUCACGGACGCCAUCACGGCGCUGCCGCGGGAGUUCCGGCGGCAUAAUUCCCUGCUCAAGGAGGUGGACGCCAAGGCGUGGGCGCUGGAGGAGAAUCUGUUGCAGUUGCUGAAGGCGAGUGCGGAGGCGCGGCCGGUUCCUUUUUCUCCCCCCUCGGAAUCCCCCGCCAGCAAGAACCGUCGCCUCCUCUUCGACCGUGUCCGGCACACGCUGUCGGAUCUGAUGAUGACCGCCGAUGAGAAGAACCAUGUCAUCUCGAAUGCGAACGACGAGCUCGAUCGCCAGCUCACCCGGCUCGAUGCCGUCUUCCCCUUCAUUGCCGGCGAGAUCAGUGACGAGGCCCGCCUGGGCAGCUUAUCGCAUUGGGCGUAUUCGAAUCGCUUAGUGGGUCUUGGUGCUGGUAGCGCGAAGACGGCGGACCGUCCUCGGCGCGAUGCGACGGGGUCCGGCAAGACGGAACUGGCACAUGGGCAUGGGCAUUCACAUGGGCAUGGGGCCCACGGGCAUGGAGCGGGCCAUGAUGCGGAGGGAUCGUCGCGGAGUGAGGCCAGACGCGAGGCGGUUAUGGCUAGGAGGCAGCGGCGUGGGGGCGCGGGGGCCGGGCAAGGGCCGGGCCAUGUGGAUUCGGAUUUGGAUGAUGGAGCGAGGGGAUCUGGCGGGGGUGCUGCUGGUGGAGGGGGUGGCGGCAGGAAGGGAGGACAGAGUGGGAAGGCUAGAGGCGGUGCAGGAGGAGCCGCUUCUGGUGGUGGUGCCGGAGGCCAGGCUGGUGAGCAUGUCGGUGGUGCUGGGCAGGGCGGCAGUACCUCCGGCCAGGCGAAGCGGAGGAAGGUCGAGCGGCCACCGCCUGUGGAUACGGGGGCUGCGAUGGAGAGGUCGGCGAGCGGCGCAGGUGAUGCUACUGGUGCUGGCGCUGGCGGUGCCGGGGGUGCAACUAAGAAGAGAGCGCGUGCGCCAAAUGCCAACGCGGCUUCACGGAAGAGAAACAACCAAGCCAAUUCUGCGGCCGAUUCGCCAAUCCUCGCCCCUUCGCCUGUUGUCGCUGCAGCCACGAUCCCACGCAACGCAGCCAGUCCAGGCCCUGGGGCGGCACGACCGCAGUCUUCCCGUGCGCAGCAGACUGCCGGACAGGCAAACAACGGCCGUCAGCGCCCAUCGUCAUCCGCCUCCAAUCGCAUGGCCGGGAACAACAAAACAACCGAGACGAAGACCGUCAUUAAAGAAAGCACGGCCAAACCGGAAGCCACCCUCAGCUCGGUCAACGAAACCCCGCGCGAGAUGGCCGACGAGGGCGUGGACGUGGCGAAGAUACCUGUGCCAGUAAGCACGAAGCGCGAGGACACCGACGGCGGCAAGCCAACGCCAUCCAUCGAGCCCAGCGAAACACCAGCGCCGCCGCCGGCUGCCGCUACUAUCGCUGCUCCUGCUGCUACUGCCUCGGCUCCUGCACCUGCCCCGGUUUCAAUCCCGAACCCACCGCCCAAGGGCCGAUCUUCCAAGACCUCUACGCCCGUGCUGCCGACCUUCACAGAACCUUCCACCACCGCUGCGGCCGCCACGACAACGACGCAGCGUGUACGCCCAACCCGCAGCACCGAUCCCGCUCCCGCCGCCACCACCACAACCACGAAACGCUCGCACAAGAAGAACGGCAGCGUGCCGGUGGUGGUGCCGCUGCGGGCGGUGUCAGAGGAGGAGGAGUCGCUGCACGAGGGCGACGACGAGGACGAGGACGGCGAGCCGCGGUACUGCUACUGCAAUGAGAUCAGCUUCGGCGAGAUGGUGGCGUGUGACAACGAUGCCUGCCCGCGCGAGUGGUUCCAUCUGUCGUGUGUGGGGUUGACGAAACCGCCUGGCAAGAAUGUGAAAUGGUAUUGUAACGAGUGCAAGGACAAUAUGCGCCGGAGUCGGAGUGGGCGUUGAGAGGAGAGCUGUUUGGGCUGUGGUUGGAUGGAUGGAGCUGGGUUGGACAGGAUUUUCUUUGGAUUGGAGUUCCGGGGGAGUCUUAUGGAUAGAUAGAAGUAUUUGAUAUGGUAUAUACUUUGGAAUAGGAUUCGUGGUUUAGG